CUCCGGAGGAAGAAGCAACGACCAAAGCGGAGCAGCGAGGACUUUAACCGCGUUUUACCCUCGUUUCCCGGAGGAAAGGCGGCCGUGUGUCCGCCUGCAGAGCGGGAGAGGACUCGGGGUCCCGGCCAGAGCCGCUGCCGAGCCACAAACCCCGGACUGAGUGCGGAACUGGGACCGGAAGUUAGCUGUGCUUAGCUCGGCUGUUCGCUGGAGUUCUUUGUUGUUGUUGUGACGAACUGAGGAGGAUCAGGGAGGAUCCAGGAGGUCUGGGGAGAAACCAGGAGGUUUGAGGGGGAUCCAGGAGGAACCAGAAGGAACCAGAAGGAUCCAGGAGGUCUAAGGAGGCUAAAGGAGAUCCGAGGAGAAACCAGGAGGACUUAGGAGUUCUGGGGAGGAACCAAGAGGAUCCAGAAGGUCUGAGGGGGAUCCUGGAGGUCUGAACCAGAAGAUCUGAGGAGGAUCCAGUAGAUCCCCAGCCAGCCUCCAGCAGGAAGGUCUUGCUGGUCAUGUUGAGUCCUCCUCACUGAGUCCCAGUAACGAUCCAGGACGUCGGAGACCUCAGAGACAUGGGAAACUGUCUCAAGUCCCCCACCUCGGACGACAUCUCUCUGCUCCACGAGUCCCAGUCGGACCGGGCCAGCUUCUCCACAGACCCGGACCUGGAGCCCCCCCCUCCCUACCAGGAGCAGGCUCACAUGCCGCUGUACCACCCGACGCCCAGCCAGGCCCGCCUGGCCACCCAGCUGACGGAGGAGGAGCAGAUCCGCAUCGCCCAGCGCAUCGGCCUGAUCCAGCACCUCCCCCGCGGCGUCUACGACGGCGGGCCGGACGGCUCGGAGAAGAAGAUCCGAGAGUGUGUGAUCUGCAUGCUGGACUUUGUGUACGGCGACCCGAUCCGGUUCCUGCCCUGUAUGCACAUCUACCACCUGGACUGUAUAGACGACUGGCUGAUGAGGUCCUUCACCUGCCCGUCCUGCAUGGAGCCCGUGGACGCCGCCCUGCUGUCCACCUACGAGACCAACUGAGCGCCCGGCGAGAAGCGUGGCCCCGCCCCGCCCCGCCCCGCCCCGCCGGCGCUGCUCCUUCAGCAGGACUCUUGGGUUUGAUUCCCUCCCGAGCCGGGCUCGGUGGACCGAUCGGGCGGCGGUCUGAGGUUUCCUCGCUCCCUGAACAGAAACCCGCCGCUCUCUGCGGCUCUUCCUUCUCUUCUCUCGCGCCUCUGCUGAAAAGGAUCGUUUGACCUGUUAGAGGAGAGCGGCUCGCUUCAGGGUCUGAACUCUGACCUCGCCUGGUGUUUGCUCUGUCGGUGUGGCUGAAGGGGAUCCUGGAGGGUUUUUCUCACCGGGAAGGUUGAUCAGGCGUCUGGGGUUUAUUCACUGCUACACUAAAAGAAAAAAAUGAAAAAUGGCUGAAUGUUACUUAAAAACAGCCAUUUGAUGCGACGCUUUCCUCCAAAAGAAGGUUUACCUGAAACAAACAGGUUGAAAAAAGAUGGACGAAUGAAAUCAAACAAAAACAAUCAAAUUAAAAUAGAUUUAAAACGAAUAUCUACUAAACAGUAAAAAGCCAACGAGUGAACCAUGUGGAACUCCGUCUGUCUGCGGCCUGGAAACGUUUUUCCACUUCUAAGCUUUGAAAACUGAAGUCAUGUUUUGCUGUUUUCAAAUUCCAUGAAGUAGUUCUGCACAGAGCAGUCCGUCCACACUAGAGGUGUCAACGUUUACGUUUUCUCCUCGUGUAACCGGCAGUUCUAACCAGCGUGUAACCGCUUACACGUGACGUCAGAGUUUUGGAAUCUUUUCCUGUGGCAGUUGUGCUGAAUGACCACUAGAGGGCUCUGUCUCCAUUGAAAUGCAGUCCUUCAUGAUCGCAUUAAAUCAAAGACAUUCCAGUAGCUGUCAGACAAAAGGGCCACCAUUUCAGAUAUUAAAUUGAUAUGUUCACUCAGUGUUUUGUCACAUCUCUUUGAUUUGUCGUAUAUAAAAUCCCCCGUGAUAGCUUGUGAACCACUUAACAGUAGCUAGCUAGCUAGCGGUAGCACCAAUGCUAGCAGCAGCUUGUUAGGAGGUUUCCAUGGCAGCUGGUCUCUGGUUUAUCCCGUACCGCUGGUGUAAACCAGCUUUGCCUGACGCAGCCUCCACCCAGCAGUACUUCCAGUUUGUUAGAAAAGCUGCCAGACAGUGCUCUGCUUGUUGUUGUUGGCUGCCAUAACGUCGCCGAGUCAACUUGAACGCAGCACUGGCAGUGCCUGUGCUUUUCUCUUUUAAAUCAACAUAACAUCGCGCCACAUGUAUCUAUUGUGUAUGUGGGUAACUGCACUAGAGGGAGCAUUUAGUAAGCUAAUGUUAUUAUCUGAAGCUUUCAUAGAACAUCAUCACCCCAAAAAACAUUAUAUAUAGGUAAAAAAAAAGAACGAAGAGGAGGAGGAAAAUGAGGUGUACACGGUUAUUGAGUUUCCUAAA